AUGGCCCUGGCAGGGAAGCCUUUAGACGUGACUCUCAGCACCUCCAGAGCUGACCAGUGGAAUAUGGUUUUUCCCCAGAAAGAUGAAAUCAUCACCAGCUUAGUGUCUGCCUUAGACUCCAUGUGCUCGGCGCUCUCCAAGCUGAACGCGGAGGUGGCCUGCAUCGCCGUCCACGAGGAGAGUGCCUUCGUGGUGGGCACUGAGAAGGGUCGAGUCUUCCUCAGCGCCCGCAAGGAGCUGCAAACUGACUUCCAGAAGUUUUGCAGAGUCCAGCAGAGGAAGGAGCAGGACGCAGAGGUGCAGAAGAAGGCUAAGGAGUGCGGGCGAAGCGUGCUCAGGGUCUCCCCGGACCAGGGAUCCGACGUGUACCUCCUCAGGAAGAUGGUAGAGGAAGUGUUUGAUGUGCUUUAUAGUGAAGCUGUGGGGAAGAGCAGCGUGGUCCCUUUGCCCUACGAGAGGUUCCUGAAAGAGCCAGGCUCGCUGGCAGUGGCUGGCUUGCCUGAGGGGAUCAGCUUUAAGAAACCCAUGGAGUACGAUAUGAAAUCCCUGAUGGCCAUCCUAGAGCACAGCCACAGCAUCCGCUUCAGGCUAAAAAGGCCAGCAGACGAGCCCAGCCGAGAGCCAAACCCCAGCAUCGAGCUGACUUGUACCUCCCUCACCUCCAAAGGUGGCCGGGACUCUGGUGCCAACGGCCCCAUGGCCAAGCCUGCCAGCCAGGACGCUCCGUCUGCCAUCGCAAACUUCCUGUACGGAGUCUCACUGCCGACCCAGAUGGGCGUCGACCUAAAGCAAGAGAUGUCCUCGGGGCCCAGCGCGGGCGGCGAGGUGCUGCUGCCCCGGCCGGCGGCAGAGCUGAAGGUGCCUUCCUCACAGGAGUACAGCGACUGCUGUGGACAGAAAUCAUCGGUCUCCGGGGGUCCCCUCAUCCAGAACGUGCACUCAUCCAAGCGCAUCCUCUUCUCCAUUGUCCAUGACAAGACAGAUAAGUGGGACAGCUUUAUAAAAGAAACUGAAGAUAUCAACACCCUUAGGGAGUGCGUGCAAAUUCUGUUUAACAGCAGAUAUGCUGAAGCCUUGGGGUUAGACCACAUGGUGCCUGUCCCGUACCGGAAGAUCGCCUGCGACCCCGAGGCCGUGGAGAUCAUCGGCAUCCCGGACAAGAUUCCCUUCAAGAGGCCUUGCACCUACGGCGUCCCCAAGCUCAAACGGAUACUGGAGGAGAGGCACAACAUCCAUUUCGUCAUCAAAAGGAUGUUUGACGAGAGGAUUUUUACAGGAAGCAAAUUUACCAAAGAUCCAACCAAGCUGGAGCCCUCCAGCCCCCCUGGGGAGAUCUCCCCCGAGCCACACCGCGGGGCUGUUCUGGACCUGGUGGGGACCUCUCAGGCCAACAGCCGGUCUGACAAGUGUAGUGUUUCUGAAAGCUGUGAACCAGGUACCUCAGGAGAGCUCAGUGGAAUCAGGCAGAUCAAAAUCGAGCCGGAUGAGCUGGACAUCAUCCAGAUCACUGUGCCAGACCGAUCGCCUGGCUCCGAUGAGAUGCACGACCCAGUGCCCACGCACCUGGCCUCAGAGGAGUCCAACUACAUCCUAGACACGGUAGCAGAGAAGGGGCCCAGUGAGGAGUCCCGGCAUGAAGAAAAGCAGUUGGAGGAUGGCAUAGGGGACGUUUUAAGUCAUUUGAGGAAACAAGUAGAAAUUUUGUUCAACACGAGAUACGCCAAAGCCAUAGGAAUAUCAGAGCCUGUCAAAGUUCCCUACUCCAAGUUCCUGAUGUAUCCUGAAGACCUGUUUGUGGUGGGCUUGCCAGAGGGCAUCCUGCUGCGACGCCCCAACUGCUUUGGGAUUGCCAAACUCAAGAAGAUCCUGCAAGCAAGCAACAACAUCCAGUUUGUCAUUAAAAGGCCGGAGCUGCUGGCGGAGGGUGUCAAGGAGCCGGCGUCGGACAGCCCGGCAGCCAAAGCCGCUGGCGAGAGGGACUCGGGGGAGGCGCUGCUGGAGGACGCUGUGAAGAGGCAGAGCUUUCAAGAAAAUUAUGAUGCCAGGCUUUCCAGAAUAGACAUUGCUAACACGCUGCGGGAGCAAGUCCAGGACCUGUUCAACAAGAAAUAUGGUGAGGCCUUGGGGAUCAAGUACCCUGUGCAAGUGCCAUACAAGCGGAUCAAGAGCAAUCCAGGGUCAGUGAUCAUAGAGGGGCUGCCCCCCGGGAUCCCCUUCAGGAAGCCAUGCACCUUUGGCUCGCAGAACCUGGAGAGGAUAUUGGCUGUUGCUGAUAAAAUCAAGUUCACCGUGACCAGGCCUUUUCAAGGACUCAUCCCCAAACCUGAUGAGGACGAUGCCAACCGGCUGGGCGAGAAGGUGAUCCUAAGAGAGCAAGUGAAAGAGCUGUUCAACGAAAAAUACGGAGAGGCUCUGGGCUUGAACCGGCCUGUCAUGGUGCCCUAUAAACUGAUCAGGGACAGCCCUGACGCCGUGGAGGUUACCGGGCUGCCGGACGAUAUCCCUUUCAGAAACCCUAAUACCUACGACAUCCACCGCCUGGAGAAGAUCCUGAAGGCACGGGAGAGCAUCCGGAUGGUGAUCAUAAACCAGCUCCAGCCAUUUGCUGAAAUCUGCACUGAGGCCAAACAAACAGAGAAAGACAGCAGCGUUCCCAAACGGAAGCGGAAGAGGAUCUCCGAAGGGAACUCGGUAUCUUCCUCUUCCUCAUCUUCCUCUUCCUCCUCUUCCAAUAUGGAGUCUACAUCAUCAACAAAUCAGAUCUCACUUGUGCAAUGGCCCAUGAACAUGUACAUGUUAGACUAUGGUGGUCUAAACGUCCAGAUCCCAGGACCUAUUAACUAUUAG